AUGUUGAAUGUAGCUUCCACCAAUAAUGUAACUCCGCGUAAAAAAGUCAGACUUAGAGUGAGCCCAUCUUUUAGGUCGCGAUUUCUUUGCAUUUACUUGACACAGAUGCGACUUUUUUCGAUAUAUUCUUUAACGUGCACCAUAGUGCUUAUUGUUUGCGCUGCAGUCUUUUCUUCCUCGGCUACCUCUACACCGGUUAAUGUCCCUCAAUACUGGCGGAACAGUAAUAUUUUGCGCACCAUAGAUUUGACGUCACCCAUCGUGCGAGAAACUACCGUAAUAAUUGCACAAAAUGUUCACGAUGAUUUAAUUGGCGAGUAUUAUUUUCCUGUUAAAGAAAAGUUGGAUAAACAUUUAGCAUGGAUUGAAGCGAAAGAGCGGAAAACCGAUGUAGUAUUCGACGUAGAGAAAGCGGAGUUUGAUUCGAUAAACCAUAUCCAGUACUAUAAAAUUACAUUUGAUCGUCGUGUCGAGCCUCAAGAGAAAAUCACAGUUAUAAUCAAAACCGCUUUCACACAUAUUUUAACUACCGUGCCGCACGAAAUACCACAAACUGGACGUCAAUAUUUGUUAUACGAGGGAAAUCAAUAUGCUAGUAGUGCAUACCUAUCAGAAAAGCAAAAGACCAAUGUCAAACUCGCAUCUAGCACUUUGUUGAGUUAUACGCAAAGAGAAAAUAAGGUUAAUCGUAAUGACAAAACAAUAACAUACGGGACUUACAAUAAUAUUGCACCUGAUGCAUACGACGAACUCAAGAUCCAUUACGGAUUCCAAAAACCUAUUUUUACGGUGAAAAGUUUUAGGCGUGAUCUGGAAGUUAGUCAUUGGGGCGGGAAUUUAGCUAUCGAGGAACACUUUAAUUUGACACACGAUGGGGCCAGACUUAAAGGACAGUUUUCUCGUUUGGAGUAUCAACAAACAACUAUGUAUGGACACCAUGAUACCAUUAUGACACGCGAUCUUCAAUUAUUAUUGCCUCCACGGGCAUCCGAUGUGUAUUAUCGGGACGAAGUUGGAAAUGUUUCGACGUCCACAUUUAGAAAUGAGCGUGAUAGAUCUGUAUUUGACUUUAAGCCGCGUUAUCCGUUAUAUGGCGGAUGGAAUUACACCUGGAAUCAUGGGUACAAUGUUCCAUUAAGCGAUUUCGUUCGAUAUCACUCAAAAAGUGGUCGAUACAUAUUGAAUGUGCCGUUUCUCAGCGCAUUUACUCAAACAGUCUAUGAUAAAGUACAAGUUCGCGUAAUGUUACCUGAGGGUGCAAAAAAUGUAAAAGUUGAUAUCCCAUUUAGCUUAGACACAUUAACACAUGGCGUAUUCAAAACGAAUCUCGACACGACAGGUCGAUAUUUGGUGGUAUUGGAGAAGAACAAUGUAGUAGAUGAACACUUUGAAAAGCUCCAGAUUUCGUAUACUGCCCCUUGGGACAUUGUGACGUUGGCAUUUUGGAUGCGUUAUCCAAACCCGUUUGCGUCGCAUGUACUGAGUGUUGAUGUAAUUGAUCGCCACGUGGAUCCUACUUCUGGUAUGCUGCGAACUACGCGACUAAUUUUGAAAAAAGGCAAAGUUCCAAGUUGGGGGAUAGGGUUAAUCAGAACGCCAGAGGCUUAUAUACUCGAAGAAUCUAUCGUCGACCCUCACACCAAAACGAUGGUGACACGCACAAAGAAUAUCACACACGUUCGUAAGAUGCAAGUGGAGGAGUGGCAAACGUUCCGAGUUGACUCACAUAACAAUGAGUGCACAAAAGUCAAAACAGAAGCAAGAAUUAUCAGCAAAUUUGGAUGGCUGUCGGAACGCAUUGAAGGAUUCGGGCUUAAAAAAUUCACGGAUAACACGGUUAAGAGUCGCAUGGGAAUGGCCCACGUCCUGGAAAUGAUUCGAGAGAAACAACGAUUGCGUCCUCGACGAGGAUUCAUGUCUGUUUGA